AUGGAGCAGGAAGAGAAGGAACAGGAAGGAGGCUCAGAGUCCUUGGGCGAGGCAGGCUCACCAGAUCAAGAUGGCUUCUUCAACCUGCUGAGCCACGUGCAGGGCGAUCGGAUGGAGGAGCAGCGCUGUUCACUACAGACUGGACCCGGCCAGACCCCUGAGAGCCAGGGUGGCUCCGCGCCUGAGAUGGACAGUCUCAUAGACAUACUGGCCAGCACCCAGGGCCGCCGGAUGGAUGACCAGCGCGUGACCAUCAAUGCCCUGCCUGGCUUCCAGCCCAUUGGCCCCAAGGAUGGAAUGCAGAAACGAGCUGGGACCCUCAGCCCUCAGCCCCUGCUCACCCCUCAGGACCCCGCUGCUCUUGGCUUCCGCAGGAACAGCAGCCCCCAGCCCCAGACACAAGCCCCUUGAG